GAGAGAAAAAAAGAAUCCCAACAGUCGCCAUGAUACAGCAGCGGAAGCGAGUGAGAAGUAGCUAGAAAACAAAAGAGAACACGCAGUCGUCCUCGCGAUUUGUGUUAUAGGAAUGCCCAAGGAAAAAUAUGACCCGCCGGAUCCCAGGCGGAUGUACACAAUAAUGUCAACCGAGGAGGCAGCCAACGGGAAGAAGUCGUACUGGGCUGAGCUGGAAAUCAGUGGCCGAGUAAGGAGUCUCAGCCAAGCCCUCUUCUCUCUCACCCAUCUGACUGCCCUGCAUAUUGCUGACAACUCCCUGUCACGCAUCCCACCAGACAUUGCCAAACUAAACAACCUGGUGUACCUGGAUCUCUCCUCCAAUAAGAUCAGGAGCCUGCCGGCAGAGCUCGGCAACAUGGUAUCACUCAGGGAACUGCUUUUAAAUAACAACCAGUUGCGAGUUCUGCCAUUUGAAUUGGGGAAACUGUUUCAGUUACAAACACUGGGGUUGAAAGGAAACCCACUUGCACAAGAAAUCAUGAGCCUCUACCAGGAACCAGAUGGCACGCGAAGACUCCUCAACUACUUGUUAGACAAUCUGGCAGGGGCUAUAAAGCGCACACCAACGGAGCAGCCCCCAGCCCGGUCAUGGAUCUCACUCCAGGAACCAGACCGAACAAGGCCCUCAGCGCUGUUCUCUGUGAUGUGCUACAAUGUGCUGUGUGAUAAGUACGCCACGCGUCAGCUAUACGGCUACUGCCCCUCUUGGGCUCUAAACUGGGAGUACAGGAAGAAAUCCAUCAUGCAGGAGAUAAUGGGCUGCAAUGCAGACAUCAUCAGUUUGCAGGAAGUUGAGACCGAGCAGUACUACAAUUUCUUCUUGCCUGAGCUGAAGGAGCAGGGAUACGAAGGGUUCUUCAGUCCAAAGUCACGAGCCAGGACGAUGUCCGAGUCGGACCGUAAACACGUGGAUGGUUGUGCGAUUUUCUACAAAACCGAUAAGUUCAGCGCAGUGCAGAAGCACACGGUGGAGUUCAACCAGCUGGCCAUGGCUAACUCCGAGGGCUCGGAGGCCAUGCUGAACAGGGUGAUGACCAAGGACAACAUCGGCGUAGCUACGCUGCUCGAGGUCCGCAAAGAGAUGAUGGAGGCCUCCUGUGGAAAGUCCCUCCAUGGCAUGGAGAAGCAGCUGCUCCUGGUGGCCAACGCCCACAUGCACUGGGACCCCGAGUACUCCGACGUCAAGCUGGUCCAGACCAUGAUGUUCCUGUCAGAAGUGAAGAACAUAGUGGACAAGGCCACGCGCAGCCUCAAGUUGUCCUCCGUCUCCGGGGAGAUCAACGCCAUUCCGCUGGUCCUGUGCGCUGACCUCAACUCUUUGCCCGACUCUGGCGUGGUGGAGUACCUCAGUAGCGGUGGGGUGGACUGCACCCACAAGGACUUCAAGGAGCUCCGCUACAGCGACAGCCUGACCAAAUUCAACUGCAACGGCAAGAGCAGCUCGUCCAACGGCCGGAUCACCCACGGCUUCAAGCUGAAGACCGCCUACGAGGACGGCUUGAUGACUUACACCAACUACACCUUCGACUUCAAGGGUGUCAUCGACUACAUUUUCUACUCCAAGCCUCAGCUGAACGUGCUGGGUAUCCUGGGCCCCCUGGACCCCCACUGGCUCGUAGAGAACAAUGUCAGCGGCUGCCCACACCCCCACAUCCCCUCUGACCACUUCUCCCUCUUCGGUCAGAUGGAGCUUCUCCUGCCCAAUCUGCCCCCCCAGGUCAAUGGGCUCCAUCUGCCUGCACGCAGGUAGUGAGUCCCUGCCACGUCACCAAGAGGGGAGCCUCUCCCAUUCAGACCCUCCUCCCUCCCACUACCAGCCCCUCCCUCCACCAUACCGGGGGAGGGAGACAAAUACACAACCUGUAAAAUAUUCGUACAGUGAGGUCUGGCCGACAGGGAUUUCGUAUAAUGUUAAAGAUAAUCUAUAUUUUUCUUUCUCAGUUUUUCUUUUUUGUUCUUUUUUUAACUGCUUGAUUCAGUCCUGUUUGUUUAUCAUGUUUUGUGUUCUGGACCCCCCCACUCCCUCUCCCCCCUCAAAUCUACCCACCCACUUUGCUUCUGUCCUUCCAACCAGAAGGCAUGGUAACUCAUUUAGAUUUGUCACGUUGGGCCGCCGUUUGGUUUUUAAAGCGUGGGGAAGCGGCGCGGUGCCCCCCCCCCCCUGCCUGUCUGCCUGUCUGUCCUGUAUAAAUUUGAAACCAGCAACGACAGCAGCCUUGUCAGUCUCCGACCUCCGUCAUUGACUCGUGCCCCCCCCCCCCCCCCCCCCCCUUUCUCGGUCUCCUUAGGACUCGCUCGUUAACUGCGUCGGAUGUUGUCUGGUCGGAUCCGCCUCUUUUUUUAGCCCCCUCCCCUCACGGGCAGAUGUAGCGAGGCGAGAUAUCCUGCGGUCAUUCUGUGGUGCUGAGGCCUCUCGUGUGAUCCCGGCCUCCCACGGUGCUACCAGUCCCCCCCCCCACUCCCUCCCCCUCCCGGUGCAUUAGCUACCAAACCCACAGAACUCCCGAGAACUCCGUUUUCCUGGUUCUCCUCAGGGCUCUACGUGGUGUCGCUUUGUAACGGAAGGAUAUGGUGAGAAACUGAGGGCAGCUACCAUCUUGUUUGCAGGUUGUUUUAACCCCCAGCUUGUGUUGUUGUGAGGCCGGGCUUGUGCCGAGGCGCCCGCGUACCCCCCACCCCCCCCCCCCCCCCCCAUCUUCGGUCAAGGGAUUUAGGCUGAUGGGCAAAGCGAUAAAGGGCUUUGAAAAAUCUUUUCUUUGUCUCUGUUGCUUUUAGGCAGAGGGAGCAUGUAAUGGCUCGUACACAGGAGUAAAAACCAGCAUUCCUCUCACUGUGUGGAGCUGCUCUCCAACUCCACACAUGCAAGCUUACAAA